UGAGCCCCAGCACUCUCUGGCUCUUCUUUCUCUCUCGCACUCCCGAUCCCUAUCGCUUGUUUUAUGUGAAUAUGACUCGGUUUAGUUAUGCGGAAUAUCUUUCGUUGUUCCAUUCCAGUGGUGUGAAAAGUCACCGGCAGCGUUUUGACAGCGGAGCGCGGUGCGAGGACUUCGGUGACGUCACAGCAGCCCCACCAGAGGAGCCCAUGAUGUUGGCAAUUAGGAGAGGUGAUGUGCAGACAGUGACUGAACUAGCAACAUCCAUAUCAUGCAUCCAAACCCAUAGUGCAGUGCACGACUGGACAGCCCUUCAUGAAGCAGCGUAUUAUGGGCAAGCUGACUGUGUAAAAGCUCUACUUAAAGUUAAGCCUACUUCAGUAGAUAAGCGCACUCUUCAAGAGCAGACUGCACUUCUAAUUGCAACUGAUGGAAAGCACCUGGAGUGUGUUAAAUGUCUUCUAGAGGCAGGUGCAGACCCAGAUAUCAGCAAUAAAAACAAAGAGACACCACUUUAUAAAGGUACAGACUGCUUUAUUUUUUAUAAACAUCAUCAACAUAUUAUGUUCUUGUCUUGUAAAAAUGAGAGCAUUGACACAGUGAGAAUGAUCCUGGCAUUUGGAGGUUCAGUAAACCAGCGCUGCCAUCGUGGCUGGACAGCUCUCCAUGAAGCAGUGAGACGGGGGAACAUACAACUCUGUGAGGUUCUUCUUCAGGCUAGAGCUGCCAUUGAUGCCACCAAUGCUGAUGGUAUCACUGCACUUAUAGAUGCAGCUCGGCAUGGCAGCACAAAAAUUGUGAACUACCUCAUUAGUAAAGGUGCUAGUGUGAACCUACAGUCAUGUGAAGGGACUACAGCUCUAAGUGAAGCCUGUAAACAUGGUCAUAGAGAAACAGUAGACUUGUUGCUCAGACUUCAUGCAGAUGCCAACAAAGGCUCCAAAAGUGGACUUCUGCCUUUGCACAUUGCUGCCCAACAUGGCUAUGAGGACAUUGUGGCCUUACUGCUGCCUGUCACUAGUCGUGCAAAGAUACGACAAAGUGGCAUCACUCCCCUUCAUCUGGCAGCUGAGUUCAACCAGGAAAAUGUUGUCAAAUUCUUGAUAAAAUCAGGCUGUGAUGUAAACACAAGGAUGUCCCAUGAACGCUCAUCCAUGUUUCAUGACCACCGCAGCACAGCUCUGUACUGUGCAGUCAUAGCUAGUAAUGCAGGAGUUGUGGAGUUGUUGCUCAAGGCUGGUGCAAACCCCAACUUGGACCCCCUCAGCCCACUGCUAGUUGCACUACGACAGGGCUGCUUUAGAACUAUAUACACACUUGUGAAACAUGGAGCAGAUGUUAAUGCUCAUGUACCAGCUCAUCCCACUGAUUUUCCAGGAACACUGUUGUAUACCCAUAGCAUGGGAAUUUUACAAUUUCUAUUGGACAAUGGAUGUAAGGCACAGGAAUGUUUCAGGUGUGAUCAUACAGAGCACAAGCAACCUACUAACCAAAGCAGAAGGGUGCACAUAGGACAGAGGACUCACACAGUGACAGGAAAUACAUUUCCAUCCCAAUCAAUCUGCACAGAAUCGACAACCAGAAAUCUACAGUUUUGUGAGUGGAUUUCCUCUGUGAGUCAUUUGGCUGCACCUCUUAUCACCUUGCUAUUGGAUCAUGUUGGAAAUGUGCAACUGUGUUACAAACUCGUUGAACAAUUAAGAAGCAAAAAAGAGUGGGUUACCAUUAAAGAAAAAGCAUUGUCUCCUCGUCCACUGAUGCAUCUGUGCAGGCUGACGGUUCGUGAGCAAGUUGGUGCCCAGAGACUAACCUUUCUAAAUACUCUUCCACUACCAGGCAGACUGCUCCACUAUUUGUGCUGUUCACAGAACAGCAAUACAGAAUAUACAGUCCUAAACAUUGGGUCUGCACACACAUAAAUUGCAGGUUACUUGAGAUUUCUAUUUUAGUUUUUUACUAAUACAGGUUGUAUCAGUUGUGCUUUUUGUGGUUGUUCACACAAUUGUAUCUAUUUAAUAAAAAGAGAUGAAAGAUCA